UAUGUUCGUUGCUUGAAUUAAUUUGUAUCGAUUUUCGAUGAUAUUUUAACACCCUCAUAAAGAGUUGCAUAACCAUAUUUACGUAUAGAACUCAGUUUAUUACUAGUAAGAAAUCAGAAAAGAGUAAAAUACUUUAAAAUGCAGGGAUUAGGAUUGCAAAGUUUAAAAAAAAAUCCGGCGUUAAUCCCUUUAUAUGUGUGCGUCGGAGCUGGAGCACUUGGGGCUGUAUAUUACACUCUGCGGUUAGCUACAAGAAAUCCUGAUGUAACUUGGAAUCGUUCAUCGAAUCCCGAGCCAUGGCAAGAAUAUAAAGAAAAACAAUACAAGUUCUAUUCGCCAAUAAGAGAUUACAGUAACAUUAAAUCUCCUGCUCCCAAGUUUGAAGAAUAACUGGUUUAUAUAAUUGCAGAGCAAAUAUGUACGACUAAUAUCUAAUUGUCUUGUUAAAGCGAAAAAUUAAAAAUAAAUUACUCAGAGUGUAAAAA